UGAUGGUGCCUUGGGGCGAAUAUACGUCCGGCACGCAAGUGGCGAGCCCCCUUCCUCAUCGGCUAGGCGGCGUUCUAUAUCGACUUGACUUCGAUGCGUUCUGCCAGGACUUGGCGGUGAUCAUGUCAAGGAAGUAUAUGGACCAAGACGCCACCAGACAGCAGAUGUCCUAAUGGUGCCUAUGGCUGGACCAGGCAUAUCUUCGGCAAUAGCUAUGGCAAGUGCUCGUCCGGUUCGUACGCACUGUGGACGCUUGGCACACUGACAGCAGCCCUGCAGUGUGUACCGGAUUCGGGAUCUGCUAGGGUAAAUGGCGGGAGUGCGCUGCUUCACUGUCACGCAUGGGCGCUCCAUGACAGUACAAAUAUAUCAGCAUCGAGCAGAAACGGUUGCUGGAAGGCAAGACGAUGCAGUACAAUCCGGAACCCGCACAGUACGACGCCAUCAUACAGUCCAUUACGGACUACGUCUUCGACUACGAGGUCACUACUCCCAAGGCCUGGAAGCGCGCCCGCAUCGCGCUCCUCGACUCCCUCGGGUGUGCGAUCGAGAGCGUGCCCGCGUGCGCGUCUUUCAUCGGCCCUGUAACCAGAGGCGCCUCUGCGCCGAGCGGGUUCCCGCUGCCGGGCACGCCCUAUGUGCUCGACCUGCUCAAGGCCUGCUUCGAUUUUGGCUCGCUCAUCCGGUACCUCGACCAUAGUGAUGCGUUCCCCGGUGCGGAAUGGGGCCAUCCAUCUGAUAAUAUUGGCGCGAUAUUGCCUGUGGCGGAUUGGCUUAGUCGAGAAGGAAGCGAUGUUACGAUGAGGGACGUCUUGGAGGCGAUCAUCAAGACAUAUGAAGUCCAGGGUUGCUUCCAGCUCAAGAACGCCUUCAACAAGGUCGGAAUUGAUCAUGUUAUCCUUGUGAAGGUCGCCUCUGCGGCGGUGACCUCGAAGCUCAUGGGACUGUCUCGAGCGGAGACGAAUGCUGCAAUCAGUCAGGCCUUUGCCGAUGGGCAGCCGCUGCGGAUCUACCGACAGUCGCCUAACACGAGUCCUCGUAAAGGCUGGGCUGCCGGUGAUGCGUGCAUGCGAGCCGUGCAUCUUGUGUUGAUGACUAGGUCUGGGCAACCGGGAUUUCCGACCGUUCUGACCGAUCCGAAGUGGGGUUUCUACCACUCCAGCUUCGGUGGGAAUCCGUUCGUUCUGCCCGUGCCUUUCGGGACGAUGGUCGUCGAGAACUUCUUUACCAAAUUGGUCGCAGCAGAAGGACACGGAAUCUCUGGCAUCGAAGCCGCGCUGACUCUCUCCAAGCAGCUUUACGGCCGCCUUGACACGGUGCGCUCGAUCCGCAUCCGCACCACAGAGGCGGCGAUGACGAUCAUCGAUAAGACUGGGACGCUGCACAACGCCGCGGACCGCGACCACUGCAUGCGCUACAUGGUCGCGGUGGCGUUGCUCAAGGGCGACUGGCCGUGCGCUGAAGACUAUGCGGACGACUCGCCGUGGGUGCGGGACCCGAGGGUCGACGCCUUGCGCGGGAAGAUGACGAUGGAGGAGGAUGGGCAGAUGACGCGCGACUACCAUGACCCGAAGAUGGGCAAGGGCGCGGCGGCGCUACUGGUGACGAUGGUGGAUGGGACGGUGCUUGAUGAGGUGCUGGUGGAGAGGCCGGUGGGCCAUCCGUGGAGGGAGGACACGGCGGCGCGUACGAAGGACAAGUUUGUUGAGCUGACGAAUUGGGUAUUCCACGACCCGUCGGGAUUUUGGGAGGAAUGUAUGAGGGAGGAGAUGGCGAACAUGAAGGUGAAGGAUUGGAUGGAGUCUGUGGUUGGACAGCAGAAGGCCAAGGUCCAGUCAGAGAUGGAGUUGGAGUCGGAGAUGGUAAACUCCAGAGUCAUGUAUCGACUGUAAUGAUCACAGGUUCGUGCCCGGCUGCUGUCUAGCUGGUACUAACUCUGACUUCAUACAAUUGUUCAGCGUCACGUAGCGAGG